AUAAUGUGAGGGGCGUGGUUUCCUGUAGUUAACUGGCUACAGUGACUAUUAUUAUGUUGUUCAAGACCUGAAGUGAGAUGACAAAUUCUAGUCGGGUUCAUUGGUUGAAAAUUUAAUCCCGCAAUUUCGGUAACUUCGUGCUGAGUUGGGUUUGUUUUGUUGUUGUUGUUGUUUUGACGCCUGAACAAUUUAAACGCGAUGGGGGAUAAGAACCCAACGCCAAAGAUAGAAGACCAUUACCUUGGACCCCUUCCGUAUUUUGAAUCAUUAGGGCUUUCAUGUGUCAGUCAUAACCGACAUAAAUUUACUAUACUAGAAAAUGAAAUUGAAAUCAAGUUGAAAGCGAAGAAGCCAGUCAAGAUUACCACGCAAAUGAUCAAUGUCAGCGACGACGGGAAAAACGUGUCCGAAUACAUUUUCACGCAAAGGAAAGGUGAAAUCAUCUACUUCAUGAUUAACUUCCCCGAAUGUGGCAUUUACAAGUUUGAGGUAUAUGCUCUGAGCGCAAACGACAAACACAAAGCAAUGCAUAAUGUGUUUGGCUAUCUGAUCACAGUGGACCAGGCAACAAAAACUGUUCAUGAGUUCCCCAAGCAGUACACUCAGUGGGACGACGGCUGCUUCUUGUACAAACCACUCGUCCUCGACUCAACCUCUUAUCUCGAAAAUGUCGACUUCAAGGUCUACAUCCCCAAUGCGAAACAGGUGGCGGUCGUUGUUAACUGCAACGAAUGGCACCCUUUGGAAUUAAAGGGAGAGAACUUCGAGGGCUCGGUUACUCUGAGAAGCACAGACGACAAUGUGAGGAUAAGUGCUAAUUACGAUGAGAGUACCACAUAUGCAACUCUCUUGGAGUACAUAAUUUCUGAUGCGGAAAAGACGGAUGACCCAUGGCCACUGGUAGAAGGCAACUAUCUUGGGUCCCUGGGAAACUUUACUAAAUUCGGGUUUGUAACCGACAGUCAUAAGACAGAGAAAUUUUCUACAUCCAAGAAUGAAUGCGAAAUCAAGAUGAAAACGAAGAAGGAUGUCAGAACCAAAGCGCUGUUAAUCGAUUGCGCUGACCAAUCGAAAGAAAUGUCCCAUUGCGUUUUCACGCAAAGGAAGGAUGACACCAUUUUCUACAACAUCAUCUUCCCCAAAUCUGGCUUCUACAAGUUUGAAAUAUUUGCUCUGCCCGCAUCCGAUGAAAGUAAGUCUUUGAUAAACGUUUUUAAUUAUUUGAUCAAAGCUACCGGAGAGACAAAAGAGGGAUAUGGCUACCCCAAGCAGUACACCCAGUGGGAAGGCGGCUGCUACCUGUACGAACCACUCGUCCUCAACUCGUCCUCUGAUCUCAAAAACGUCAGCUUCAAGGUUCAUAUCCCCAAAGCGAAAGCGGUGGCGAUCAUUGUUGACGGCAAAGAAUGGCACUAUUUGGAAUUAAAGGGAGAGAACUUUGAGGGCACGGUUGAUCUGGAAGCCUGCCGACACAAAGGGGUCGGGGUCAUGUUAGAUGCUAACUUUGGAGAAGAGAGUGACACGUAUCAAAGGCUCCUGGAGUACAAGAUUUAAAGAUCGAUGCUGCCUUUUGUUUAAAAAGAAAAAGGAAAAAAAAAAAACAUUCGUGGCAUAAACGUUUGCAUACAGCUGUUAUAUUUUUAUUUACGUUAACUUUCUAACUUUUUUUUAAUUACUUUUUUUUAUCAAGUAUUCGGCCUUGUUAGGAAUUUCUGAGACUCGCCAUAUUUGUAAUUGUAAGAAAUAUAUAUUAUUAUUAUUA